CCAUCAUUUACCCUAGUUCUUUCUCCCUGGUCUUCUAUUCCUUUCCCAGUCUCGCCUCCCGAGAAAUCUCUUCAGCUAUGGUUUCUUCGCGCAAGCCGCCGCUAUCGCAAUCUUCUAUUUGGUGGAUAGCUUCUAGUGAGUUCAUAUGCUGCAGGACUGAUCUUGAAAAAGAAAAGAUAUCUUGUGAGAAAGAAGGGGAAUAUAGACUGAGUCCAUCUAAGCUGAUCUAUUCAGGCUCCAUGGGGAGCUCAAAGCUAAAACGUCAUAAUGUUACUCCCCCUAGGAGACAAUCAUUAAGGCUCAAGGGAAUCAGUGCUAUUUAUGAAGCAGAAGGUGCCAAUAUUGUUAAUUUAAAUUCAAAACAUCAACAGCAAAAUAGUGGAGACUAUUCUACUGGUGCCAAUCAGGUCAAAGUUGAGAUGCUUGAGACUGAAGAAGAUAGCUAUGCUUCCAAAUCAAAUGAAUGUGUUAAUAAUCCUGGUGACAGCAGUUAUCCUGAGAACUGUAAUUAUGAAGAAACUAAUACUGGUGGUGGAGACCAAAGUCUUAAUGAUUUGACUUUGAAGGAUUUGCGAGCAAGCUGCAAGGCUAAGAUGCGGAAGGUCAUGAAAUCUGGUGCUUCUGCAGCAGUUAAUCUUAAGAGCUGCUCACAUUUUGAUCCAUUUCGAAACUGGAAGGAUGAUUAUAUGAAACCGAAAGAAGAGGAGCUUGACCUUGAGGAACCCCUUAUAACCUUGAAGUUCAAGGUUUCAAAAGGAUCUACUGCUAGAAAGCAAAGGAAGCGUGCACGGUUAUCUUCAGUCUCUUUGGUCCACAUGGAAGUGGUGACUGCAAAGACCUGUUCUCUACCUUCUAAUGGCAUGCAAAGUUCAAUGUCUGUUGCAGAAACGAAGGCAUCCAUAACAAAUAGGCCUUCAAAGGACAGUGCUUCAGAGCAACAUGACUUAAAAAGUGAGGCAGAGACUGUUGAAGGGGAUUUUGGAAGGAGUGUCAAUGAAAAUUUUGUUGAAGCAAAGAAUUCUCUCCUGUCAUCAACAACUUAUGCUGGCGGUCCAGAAUUGGUUUAUGAUGUCAAAACUGAGAUCGUGGAACCUUGUUUCUUGAAUGAACAAAAUGCAGUAAAUAUAGAUACUAAUUAUACUUUGGACACUGUUAGUACUUGUAAUUUUCCUGACAAUUCAUCUGCUGAGCUGCUUCAGAAAGUUGGACUAAAUUAUUGUUUCCCAUCUUCAGUACCUGAUUUAGAGAGGAUUCUACAUGUUGGUAGCCCUGAAUUGGCUGACACCGUCAAAAGUGAGAUCUUGGAAAAUGAAUCUCCACUACAUGAGAACACAAUUUAUAUUGCUGCCUCUUCUACUGUGGAUUUCAUUGCAAAAUUCAAUAAUUCUGUAAAGUCAUCUGCUGAAAUAUUUGGAAGAGUUGAAGAUGUCUUGGAGAAUCAAGGAUCAAACUCUACCAGUAAUACUGCCACAUAUUGUUAUAUGGAACCUGAUCGGUACUUUCUUUCAGAAAUUGGUGGAAAACAUGCUGCUGAAAUUGGGAAGAUGAACCUUUCAGAAAUGUUCAAUCAGAAACUUUGUCCUUCCUCAGUUUGUGUACCCAAGGCAGCUCCCUCCAAUCCCUGCAGCUCUGCCCCAGUCUCUGUGCCCUUAUAUCCUGGCUCUGAUAACUGUGCCAGCUCAGAAAACCACUGCAUUUCGCUGGAAGAGGUUACAUGUACGAGUAUAUUGAAUCAAAUGCAAUGUUCAUCUAGCAGUGAUAGCUCCAGAAGCAUGGAUUUUAAACUUGCAGAAGCUUGUGCUUCUGUCUUGGGACAUGAGGAUGCUCAAAGUAUAACUCAUGAUUUACCUGUACAAGAGAUGCCAAUACAUACUCACAUGGAAGAUGUGACCAAUGAUCCUAGUCUCCUGUCCAAGGAACAUGAUUUGUGUGAAGGCACUCAUCAUACAGUCGCUGCAGAUGAACUAAAAAAAAGUAAUGAAAGUGCUAGAACUGAUAUAGAAAAGUACUCCACUACAGAAGCACAUAAGCUCUAUUCCAUACAGUCUUCCUUUACAUGCUGUGGUGCCGAUUUACAUGCUCUUGCUAAAAUCUCAAAUAAGGCAGAUUUGUCUUCCAAAGUGGAAGGCUACACACAGGAAGCAACAUCUGAUUCUGUUGAAAUCUCUGGUUUGAUUGACCCAAAGGAACUCAAUGGAGAACCUGAUUCGGGGUCUCCUAAACCUUCCCUGCCAUGUUCCAGCAGUCUCAGUGGCUUGCAUUAUGCUGAUAGUUUAUCAAAGGAUGCAGGAGAAUGUUCAUCUUUUGUAGUGGAAGAAAGGUUGCAUGCCACUAAAGGUGAAUCAUCUUCUGAAAUCUCCCAAUUAAUUGAUGAAAAGGGACAGAACAUGGAAAAAGAAGACAAACAUGAUCAGGGGAUGUUGGUAGAUAAUCAUCCAAAAAAGCUAUUAUCAAAACGAAAGACCAUUUCUCCGACUUCACAAGAAAAGCUGUGUCAGGCUUUGAAUGACAUUGAUUUAUUUGAUGCCAGUCAACUCCCUAGUCACAUGGAAGCUGAAACAUUCCUGGCCCCUGAGCGAAUGAGGGUGAAACCAAAGAACCGCAAUAUUGGCUCCCUUCUUUCGGUUAAAGGAAUUCUUAGGUCGCCAGAUGCGUCUUGUAAGACACCUUGCUCUUGCAUGAAGAGUUCAUCAUUUCACCAACAAGCUAAGAAGGCCAUUGAAUUCUCACAACGACAGAUGCAUGAUAUAGAAAACAUUGCAAUGAAACUUCUGAAGGGGUUGAAGUCCAUGAAAAACAUUGUAGAAGAAACUCUUUCAUUGGAAUCAUGUUCUUCUUUACCUUCAAAAUUUACUGCUGAUGAGAUCAGAGCAGCUGCUGAGAAUGCAUCAGAACUUGAAAAGACCACCAGGAGGUGGCUAUCUAUGAUGACAAAGGAUUGCAACCGUUUUUGUAAAAUAAUGAGAUUAGCUGAGAACAAAGAAGCUACUCCACCUAAAGGUGUUUCUAAGAGACAGAAGAGGAUAACUUUUGCUGAUGAAGCUGGUGGCGUGCUCUGCCAGGUGAAAGUUUUCAAACAACAGCCAUUACCUGUUGUUGUACCUGAAAAUGAUGCCGCUGACGUUAGCCAUGUACCGUUAUAAAAUAGCAAUAGGCUGCUGUGGGCAACGAGUACAAGCAUCUGAAACAGUGGCGAUUUUUGUUGGCAUGCUUCGAUGCUCAUGGCUUCACUAUGGAUAUAGGCAGCAGUGACCACUCCUUGGCUGACAAACGCUAUUGAUUACAUGAUGGAUGCUUGUAUCUUCCAACCCAUGGCAGAACGGCGAUGUCAGUGGAUUUUUUUUCCAUCCUUUAUCCCUGUGAAGUCUUCCUCUUAAGUUUUGAUCUUGGAUCGAGCUGCAAUUUGGAAGCUGUUUCUUUUUUUUUUCCUCUUUUUUUUUGGUACAAGGGAGCUUUCAGGUUAGUCUACUCUGAGUGCAGCUCAAGAAAUCCGAAAAAAAAUAUCCCUUAGGAUCCACGGAUAUUCAUCGUUCUGGUGUCAUCCUCACUCCCCAGUGUGUUUCGCAAUAAAGAAAGCCAUCCAGUCUGCCGCAUUGUUGGCCUUCUAAAAUACAUACCGACUAGACAUUGCAGUGCAUUCGUUGAUGGCCCGAAGUUGUUUCCCGACAAUGGUUGCCUGCUGAAGUAAGAUUUAUUCCAGGUGAUUGGUGCAGUGGAAUUUAAGAAACUGGCUCCAUGGUGUAUGCAAUAGAAGGAUUGCCAAGGUACAUGUGUCAGCGCAGGAUUUGAAAGUUUGCUUGUG